AUGUCUCGCCUUGAAGCUAAAAAGCCUCCAUUAUUUACAAGUGAUCCUUUAACUAAAGAUACAGUUAGUCAGUCACUGUCUGUGCUGAGUGGAGUAUUAAAGUCUUGCUAUGGUCCAGCUGGUAGACUCAAACAGCUCCACAAUGGAGCGGGUGGCUAUGUUUGCACAACGUCACAGUCUUCAGCUAUACUCCAUCGUCUUUCUGUCAGUCAUCCUGUGUUAAGGGUUUUGACAGCAUCUGUACAGAACCAUAUAUCCCGCUUCAGUGACUGUGGCUUGUUUACUGCCAUCCUUUGCUGUAGUUUGAUUGACAACUUUAAAAGCCUAAAUGUAAGAGCUUGUACUGUUGUUAAAAUAAGCAAGCAUCUUUUGAGUCUGUGCAUGGACUACCUCAGAUCUGAGGCCUGUGGUUGCCGAGUGUCUGUGGAUUUCAGCAGUGUUGAGACCCUUCUUUGUUUGGUACGUAGUGUGUUAACAAGCAAACCUGCUUGUAUGCUUAACAAAACAGAGGUUGAUCAUCUCACUGUGCUAAUUUUAAAGGCUUUUAUGUUUACUGUUCCUUGUCAUGUUGAGACUAAUGCUGUUUUAGGAAAGUGUAUAAUAGUACCUGUGAAAGGCAGAAGAGUUGCAGAUUCUACUGUUCUUCCCGGACUACUUAUAGAAACACUGGAAAUUCCAUUGGCAAAACAACUUGCUGUCAAAAGAACUUGUUCAAACAUGAUCAAGGUAGCGCUUUUCUGUGUGUCUCUGUCAGGAGACUGCUUCAACCCUGAAGAAGGAACUAUAACAGUCCAUCAUGGAAUUUCCCUAGAAAUGUCAGAGCUGAAUCAAUUGCUUAACUUAGGAAAGCAGCUGGUUGAUGAUGGGGUUGGUCUCAUAGUGUGCCAGAAAGUUAUCCAUCCGUCCUUGAAACAGUAUCUGAAAGAGAACCAUGUCGUGGCUGUGGACAGAGCUGGGCUAUCUCUAAUGGAACCCCUGAGUCGGAUGACAGGUUCAAAGCCCAUAGCAUCCAUAUGUUUGUUGUCUCCUAGUAGUUACGGCAGUUUGAAAGAUCUACGCAUUCAGAGUGUGGCUUCAAAACAUUUCCUGCAUCUAAUUCCUAGCCACACGGCUGUGUGCAGCUUGGUACUCUGCAACAGAAAUGAAACAGCAUGGGAUGAAUUGAAGCGUGCCUGUGAAACGGCAGAACAUGUGUUACAGUUAACAGUCAAGGAACCUUUGGCAUUAUUAGGAGGUGGCUGUACAGAAACUCACCUGGCUUCCUACAUAAGACACAAGAGUUAUAGUCUGUCCAGCAGCAGUUUGGAAGAUGUAGAUUGUUCUCAGGCACAAUACCAGUUGGUCACUGAUGGGUUUUGCCGUUCCCUGGAGUCUGUAGCUUGUUCUCUCAAUCAUAAUGGUGGAGAAAUUCUUACUGAUACAGUUUAUGGACACUGCUGGUUUGUUCCCUCAGGUUUUCCCUCUGACUCUGAUUGGUCAGAUUUAGUUUCAGAAUGUGGCUGUAGGAUUAAGAGUAAGACUGAAAAUCUCAAAUGGAGGCUUUUGCGAGGCCAGUUUGGCUGUCCUGUUAAACAGGGUUGCCCUAAAGAGCCCCUGGAAAAAGUUGCUGACUUUCUGACUUUGGACUGUUUUUCUGCAAAGUGUAGUGGCCUACAAGUAGCUGUGGAGACAGCCAAUUUGAUUUUGGAUCUCUCCUGCAUCAUCGAAGAUCAAAAUUAGCUCUAAUCUUAUAUGAAUUGUGUUGCUCAGCAAGAUAAUUAACAUAUAUUACUGUGCUUUCAGUUAAGAUACUUUAAAUGGUUAGAACAUGGAUGCAAGACGUGAAUUUUAAAUUGAAGCUGGCCUUCUGAGUGUUAAUCUCCUGUGCCCUAAAGCAUUUUCAGAUGUUUAACAUUUUAUCAGUAAUUGUUAAAUGAUUAGCCAAAAAAUACAAUGAAUCAUAGUAACAUGACUUACAAGUAUCCAAAUUAGUGUAUUCAGAAGAGUGGAUGACACUUCCAGUACACCCUCUGCAUUAAAAUUUUGGAUGUUUGUUAGCUCUGUGGCAUAUUAAAAGGAAUGAGGGAAAAACUGUUCGCUUACUGAGAACAUAUGUUACAUAUUAGAAUUUAUGUAGUCUUAGCGAAAGCUUUACACGUUCAUACAGACUUGUGCUGCAGCAGGACUUGAUCACUGGUACUUCUCAUUUUGUAGGUGAAAAAGAAGGCUUUCCUUAGCAAGUAUCUUGACACUGUUAUUCUCAUGUGUGCAUGUCACCAUAUACUAUAUGCACUUCGUUUGUAAAUUCCUGAAGAUUUUAAUUCAUACCCAUAGUUUGUUUAGCAAGUUACUAAAACUCAACCUGGAGAUCUUAAGGAAACUGGUAGAUAAUACAAAAUUUGAAAAGAAAUGUCAGAUUGUGGAAGAAGCUUUUGUAAAGUGGAUCUUGAUUGUCUUCUGUGCAAUACAGGACAGUUUCUAAAUAAUGUUUCUGUCAUUUAAGCAGAGCUGGAAGGACAUAUGUCCCACUUAGCAUUCAAUUAACUCUUUGACUGUGCGUAGCUUCUUUUCUUUUAAUGAAGUAAGGCUUUAAGCUGCUCAAGCUUGUUUUGAUCUUUAAAUAAGGCUGUAGACUAGAUGACUGAAACUUUUUCUCAUUUUCAGCUUGCAUGCAAGAUCAAGAAGGGUGUUGCAGUUCCUUGCUUAAACUCGCUUUCUUUGCCUUUUUUCUUCUCUCUCUUUGUUUUCAGUCACAAGGGACAAAUUGCUCAUGACAUGCUUUCCCAGAAAACAUUGCAGUUAGUUACAGACGAGUCUGUUUAUUUGCUUCCUGGUCUCUUAAGUUUUUAAUAUAUUUACUGAGUAUAAGCAGUACAAUUGUUUUGUAUAACUUCAUUUUGAAAUAUGUAAUUAAACACAGAUCUUUCUAGCCCUUUUGUACAAAGUCCUUUUAAUUUUAAGAGUAUAAAUAAUCAUUUUCUCAGUGGAAAAAAAAAAGUUAAAGUUCUUCAUCUUUUUAUGACCUGAAAUGAUUGCUUCACUGCUAUAAGGCAUCAUUUGGGAACUUGUGCAAGAAUGUUCGAAGUUGGCUACUAAAAAGAUUGCUUUCAUAUCACAAUCCUCCCCGUGUUCCAUGAACCAUAUGAAAACAUCAGCAAUAAUGAAGCCAAAUGAUGGUGUAUAUCUUAGGGCACAGAAGGAUCUUGGUAAUUCUUCAUCUAAUUAUGAGUCUCUAGAGUGCUGAAUUUGAGUGUUUUGCUUCCUAUAAUAGCAGCUUGUUAUGCAGUGCAAAAAUGUUGAGCUUAGUGACUACAGCUGUGUAAUGAAAAUUAAAACAAUAUUUAAGUAAAUAA